AUGGCGAAGAGCUACGAUGAACACGAGCGAAUACGAUACUUUUACUACAUCCGGCCACCGACGCCGCCGAGGAAGGACUGGUGGUUCGAUCCGAUGGGCACCACCACCACCGACUCGUCCACGACGCUGAGCGCCAGCGAGGAGGCCACCCUGCUCCUGUACGACAUCUUCAUCCCGCUGCUCGGUUCCGUCAUCAUAAUACUCAACCUGAUCGUCGUCGUGUCCGCCGUGCUGCUGCUGCGAAAAGGCCAGCAGCCGUACACCACGUACAUGUUCCUGGGCAACGUGGCCGUCUCCGAUCUGCUGACCGGGUUCGCGGUCAUCUACGGCCAGUACGCACCGCUGGAGCUGCGAGGCGAGGACAGCUGCGCCCUGAUGAUAGGCCUCAUCGUAUCCACAUCGCUGGUGUCCGUGUACAGCGUGGGGCUGAUAGCGAUCGACCGUUAUCUGUACAUAGUCUACGGGCUGCAGUACCAGCGUUACCUGACCCGGCUCCGAGCCCGCCUGCUAAUCGGUGCGACGUGGAUUAUCGGUGUGUCCAUCGGGUUUCUGCCGGCGCUUGGGUGGCGCGGUGACACGGAUGGCGGUCGGACGUGCUGGUUCAUCCGGCUGGCCCCACCGCCCCUCGUCAUCCUCACGUCCGUCACCGGCAUCCUGCCGGUGCUGCUCGUCCUCAUCCUGUACGGCAUCAUCCUGCGCAAGGCGCUGCGGCGCGUCAGCCAGCUGAAGAAGGCUUCCCGGGAGAUGCGGGGCGUCCAGACCGGUAACCUGCGUCUGUUCCGCGGCGGUGGACAGGGUGCUCGCCACGCCACCACCACCACCACCAACAACAACGGGUUCUCCGACACCGAGCAGGGCGUGAGUGAGGAUGAGCUGACGGCCCGCGGUCGGACCGCCGACCGUACCCGCUGCUGUCUCUGCUUCCGGUGGCCGGGCUGCUGUUGCCGUGGGGCUGCUGCCGGCACUAACCGUGGUGCCGCCAAGCAAUCCAAGUCGUCCUUGAACGGGGCAGCGGCCGACGCAUCGUCCGGCGGGACGGGGGAGACGGCCGGACCGGCGGUGACGGAACCGUCAGCGCCGAGCAGCAUCAAGGGUCCGACCAAGUGGAAGGCGGUGAAGGUCGUCAUGUUCACGACGGGCAGCUUCGUGGUGACCUGGGUGCCGUACUUCAUCGCGAGCAUCAUGUACGUGGCGUGCGACCCGACCACGAGCGAGGAACUGUGCCGGGGGCUCCAGUUCGCCAUCGCCAGCCCGCUCGCCAUCCUCGGGUUCGCCAACAGCCUGCUCAACCCGAUCAUCUACGCCUGGUGGCACAACGGGUUCCGCGAGUCCAUGAAGAAGCUGGGCGCCAAGCUGGGCCGCCGGCUGAACUGCUGUCGGUGCUGCCCGGAGGACGAGGACUCGCCGGGUGGCUCCCGGUGCUGCUGUUCCUGCUGGGGACGCUGCUGCCGCAAGUCACCGGAUCGCGACGGACCGGCCACGAUCUCGGCGACCGGUUCGGGUUCGGCCGCUACCGAGUCGUCCGGGAAUCGGAUCAGCUCCAGUCAAGGAAGCAGCGAUGGCAUUAGUGCCGCCCGACGCUCACCGCUGGCAGCCGCUCCGAAUGGACGGCCACCGAUGGACCGGGAGUGCUCCACCACCGAGGACAACGUGACCGACCCACCGGACGUCGGGACACGACUUUAAGCGUAUGUCUGUUCGAAUGAAUUUUAAUCAAAGCGGACGGUCCGAAAACCAGAGCCUCCACGAACGUGGGUCGGAUAGGAGUUGCCCACGAAGUUAUCGAAUCGAAUAAAAUUACUUGGAACUGUCUUCGACCGAGGACGAAGGUUGCUGGGCCGCACCUGCAACCGAAGACGGUUCAUCGAACUACUCACGCCGAGCCCGCCAUUUGCCCGCCGUAAACUUUGGCAGUUCCUGCGGUUUGGUCGUUGAAGCCGAGACGCCAAUCUCCGGUAACAAACUCGUUCGUCUUCUGCCGAUGGUAACCGCGGACCCACGCCGGGGGGGCCACCGGAGACUGCUUGGGCUGACACUUUGCGCAGUGAAAGUUGAGUCGGCCGAGAAAGGGACGACCCGAACCUCGGGACCGUCAAACUUUUUGCGCCGCUGAACGCCCAACGUUUUACGACCCAAUUUGGUGUCUCCCAAUGCUUAUUUUAACACUGUUUCAGGAUCAAUACGUUAGGCUAGUGAGGCAGUUGCCUGUGAGGUUUGUCAAGGUUUAUCAUGCGACGAGCUGCGAGCGCAAGAAGGAGAAUGUUUCGUAAAAUAAUGUUAAUAUUAAAACGAAGCAAAAUCAGUGGACUAAAGUAGAAGAGGCACCGUGGAGGGAUGCAUAGAAAUUAGGAUCCAUACUCAUACGACGAAAUAAAUAUCGAGCUUAAAGUUAUGUACAGCCAAAGACCGAUUGCCUGUGCAGUUUAAUGCCUGCUUGAAAAAUAUGUAAAUCCGAUGGCCACAGUGCCAUAUAUUGAAUAUUUUAAAGCGCCAACGAGCUCGACUGUCCCGACAAGACAGAGAAAAAACUAAUAAAAACGACAAUUUAAGACCCAGCAGU